CCCGCCCCGACACCUCCGCGGCCAUGAGCGACAGCGAUGUCGACGAGGACGAGCUCCUCCAGAUGGCGCUGCAGGAGCAGGCGGCGCGGGACCUCAGCCACCAGCGCCCGGGCGCCGCCAACAAGCCCGUCGUCAACCUCGUCCGCCCCCCGGCCCGCGCCGCCAAUGCCCGCGGAGGCGCCGCCAAGCCCAGCCGCGGCGGCGACGACGACGACGACUCCGAGGUCGAGAUGCUCUCCAUCUCCUCCGGCGACGAGGACGCCGCCCCCGCCCGCGACCGCGGGCCCCCGCGGGGCGCCCGCGCAGGCGCGCGCAGGGCCGCCUCGCGGGACGACGGCGAUCUCGACGACGCCGAGCCCAGGAGCUGGAAGCGCGUCGACGAGGCCGAGCUUGCUCGCCGAGUUCGGGAAAUGCGUGAAGCAAGGGCAGCGCCUAGUGUUCAAGCAAUUGAGCAGAAAACAGCUGCAGCUCAGAAGGCGCUCACAAGUGUACAGACUUUACCUAGAGGAGUGGAGGUUUUGGAUCCAUUAGGCCUCGGUAUCAUGGAUAAUAAGUCCCUGCGACUUAUCACUGAUGCUUCAGUAAGUUCUCCUGUUUCGAGGGAGAAGUCUCAGGGUUUGGACCCCAGUAUGCGAGACAAAGUUAUAUACUCUUCUCCAAAUUUUGAUCCCAAGGUUUUUCUUUCGUGGGUCCACAAAGAUACAAGUGCCGCUGAUUUAGAGUCUGGUGCUCUUACCUUGAAAACUGAUCUUAAAGGAAGAACGCAGCAGAAAAAACAAUUAGUCAAGGAGAACUUUGAUUGUUUUGUCUCGUGCAAAACUACGAUAGAUGAUAUUGAAUCAAAACUGAGACAGAUAGAAGACGACCCUGAAGGUGCGGGUACCACUCACUUGUGUUCGGUCACUCAAAAGAUUAGCGGCGUGGCAAAUCGUGCAUUCCAGCCUCUAUUCGAGAGGCAGGCCCAAGCUGAGAAGAUCAGAUCUGUUCAGGGAAUGCUUCAGAGAUUCCGGACAUUAUUUAACCUGCCAAGUGCAAUUCGUAGCAACAUUAAGAAAGGAGAGUAUGAUCUAGCUGUCAGAGAGUACCAAAAAGCAAAAUCAAUUGUUCUUCCUUCUCAUGUGGGAAUACUCAAACGUGUACUGGAGGAAGUGGAGAACGUAAUGCAUGAUUUCAGAGGAAUGCUUUAUAAGUCGAUGGAAGAUCCUCAUCUUGACCUUGCUGAGCUUGAGAACAUCGUCCGGUUAUUGUUGGAGUUGGAACCCGAGACUGAUCCAGUGUGGCAUUAUCUUAAUAUUCAGAAUGGCAGGAUUCUUGGAUUGUUUGAAAAGUGCACCUUAGAUCAUGAAGCACGGAUGGAGGUUUUGCAAAAUAAAAUUCGCGAAAAAAUGCUUUCUCAUUCAAAAUGGAGGCAGUUGCAACAAGAAUCAAAUAAAUCAUUGGAAGUUGAUUCUGGUAUAGGUGAUUCUUUUCAAGACGAUCAGUUGUCAUCAAACUUCAUGGCUGAAGAGGCUGAUAGUUUAAGGGCAUCCUAUAUUCGGAGGUUAACUGCUGUACUUAUCCAGCAUGUUCCUGCAUUCUGGAGAUUAGCUUUAUCUGUCUUCAGUGGAAAAUUUGCAAAGGCAGCUGCUGGGAAUGUACUUGCUGAUUCUGACAUGAAUACAAAAUCUGGCGCAAAUAGAACUGAUGAUAAAGGUGUGGAGGCAAAGUACACAAACCACAGUAUUGACGAAGUUGCCAGUAUGGUUCAUGCUACUGUGUCUGCUUUUGAUACCAAGGUUCAGAAUAGUUUUCGUGAUUUUGAGGAAUGCAACAUUCUUCGUCCAUAUAUGGGUGACACUAUAAAAGAAAUAGCUAAGGCUUGUCAGACACUUGAAGGAAAGGAUUCAUCUCCGACUGCUGUUAAAAUGUUGCACGCCCUUCAUUUUGAGAUGACAAAGCUUUACAUUCUGCGGCUUUGCUCUUGGAUGCGGGCUACAACUAAGGAGGUAUCAAAAUAUGAGACUUGGAUUACUUUGUCCACCCUCGAGAGAAACAAGUCUCCGUAUGCAAUUUCAUGCCUGCCUUUGGAGUUUCGUGAAAUCACAAUUUCAGCAAUGGACCGGAUUGAAUUAAUGAUCUUUAAUCUGAGGAACGAGAGUGCUAAGUAUGACGUCUCUCAACAACUUCAGGAAAUCCAUGAGUCUGUUAGACUUGCAUUUCUAAAUUCUUUUCGUGAUUUUGCAGGUUAUCUGGGGAAAUUUGGAGAGGAACUAGCACAGAGUAGAUCAAAUAAAGAAAACAAUCAUGUACAAAAUGGAUAUAUAAAUGGUACCGAUAGAGAAGCAUCUGCUAGCGUGGAUGGAGGCUUACAUAAGAAGCUGUUGGUUGUAUUGAGUAACAUUGGAUAUUGUAAAGCUGAACUUUCAGAUGAACUGUAUGCCAAAUAUAGGCACAUUUGGUCGCCAGUCAGGGAUAAUGAUGAACGAAGUGCGGAUACACGGGAUCUGAUGACAUCCUUUUCCGGACUAGAAGAUAAAGUCCUGGACCAAUAUACUUUUGCAAAGUCAAACUUGAUCAGAAAUGCUGCACAGAACUAUCUGUUGGAUUCAGGGAUGCAUUGGGGAGCAGCACCAGUAGUAAAGGGCAUUAGAGAUGCAACUCUUGAUUUACUGCACAUCCUUGUAGCUGUACAUGCAGAGGUGUACUCGGGUGCUAGGCCUUUGUUGGAGAAGACAAUGAAGAUUUUGGUUGAGGGUUUGAUUGACAUCUUUCUUAGUCUUUUCUAUGAGAAUAAGGCCAACGAACUAAGAAUGUUGGAUGCAAAUGGUUUCUGUCAGCUCAUGCUUGAGCUUGAGUAUUUUGAAACUGUGUUGCACACAUACUUCUCAACUGAGGCAGAACAAGCUCUGAAAUCCUUGCAAGAGAACUUGUUGGAGAAGGCCUGUGAAAGUGUGGCCGAAGCCUUGGAGAAUCCUGGACAUAACCGUCGACCAACUCGUGGCAGUGAAGAUGCUGCCUCAGAUGAUAAAGGGUCCUCAGUAUCACCAGAUGAUUUGCUUGUGCUUGCUCAGCAAUGUGGUAGUGAUCUGCUGCAAGGGGAGCUGGAGAGAACCCGGCUAAACAUAGCAUGUUUUAUGGAGCCAACUCUUCAGUCAGCUUCUGCACCGGCAGGCUCAAAACCUUCAUCUUAUUCUUCUUACCAGGCACCACCACCACAUAAUCCACCGGUUCAAGUCUCCUCCCCUAGUUUUAGAAGACAGCAGACAAGUACAAACUCCCCUAUAGUCUCUAGACGACGGCGAUGAAGUAAAGGUUGAGACUAUUCGUUCGUCGAUGUGGCUUCUUGCUGAAAUUUGUUUUUUUUUCCUUGUUUACUUCCCUCCUGCUGUGUUGUUUCUAUUCAUUGUAAUUAGCCUCAUGUUGUGUAUUAUGAAUUUUGAUCCAUUCUUUUGGUUGUUGUAUGAUAAAAGGGGGGGUACAGGUGGGCUGCUGUAUUGUACUACUGUUUGUAUAAUCUCCAGAAACUGGAAUUGUCAUGUGCAUGAAUAUACUGAACCGAGGGAUAGAUUUUCUGAUGGCUCC